AUGGAUUCAUCAAAAGAUGACACAAGCGAUCUCGCGCAACGAUUGGCCUCCAUUGAGCAGGACUGCCAACCUUGUCGUUUCACGGGCUCUGCGUCAGCGUUUGCGAUUGGUUCAUAUGUGCUGUACUGCACUCAAAGCGGUUACUAUGCUAAACGACCGUACUCAAGGCUAAUCGUGCGUUGUGUAGCUGCUGAAGACUGGUGGCAAGCGUUUGAAAUGCCGAAGAAAUUCAUUUUCUUGAUGGGAGUGGCCGGAUGUGGUAAGAGUACGGUAGGCGUGGAAUUGGCCAAUCAACUUGGUGCCAGAUUCAUAGAUGCUGAUAAUUACCAUACUGUAGAAAAUCGUUCGAAAAUGGCGAAGGGAAUUCCACUCAGCGAUUCUGAUCGGUUACCAUGGCUUCAACAAAUCGCUGCAAUAGCCAAAGAAAGCGAUGCCCAAAUCGUUGUAAUCGCUUGUUCGGCGUUAAAAAGAACGUAUCGUCAAAUUCUAAGUGAAUCACUUGAAGACGACUAUAUGUUCAUACAUCUGGAUGUUCCGAGAACUGAACUGGAAAGACGUCUUCAAUCUCGUAAAGGUCAUUUCUUCAACAAGUCUCUACUCGACAGCCAAUUGACCACUCUCGAGAAGCUGCAAGACGAACGCAACUCUAUCAUUCUCGACGCAGAUCAGUGCGUUGCGAAUAUUAUCACUCAAAUUAUGUCUUUACUAAAUCAGCGAUGA